ACUUGGCAUCGUAUUUUGUGCGCCUGGUAUAUUGGAAACAAGUACAGUCUUUGUAACAUCAACGUCUGGCUUUUGGAAUGUAACGUAUUAUUUUGCAAAUCCUUCUAUACCGACGAAAUGACUAUGAGACUUUAAAAUCUGUAAUUGUUUUUUUUUUUAAUUUGACAACUGUUCUGCUACGAUGAUGGACCUUCUCUGUGUUCAAAGACUUUUUGGGAGGAUUGUUUUGCUUUCUUCUCCCACAUUUUUCUAACUGGCAUAAGGCAAGUCUGAUUUAAAUGCAGUCAGGUAAAAAACAGAGACUGUAAUUUACGAAGAAUGGACUCAGAUGUGCUCUCACCUGUAAUGGCCACUAUCUCCACAACCUCUUCUUUGGAGAAUAUUAGUCAGACGUCCUCUUCCUUGUCAAGGUCUGCUUCUCUGCCUCCGCACUCUAAGGCAGCAUCAGCGCUCAUCCUGCUGGUUGUCACUGUCAUCAUCCUAGUGACAGUUGUGGGGAAUGUACUGGUUGUGGUGGCCGUGUUUACCAGCCGUGCCUUGCGGGCUCCUCAAAAUCUUUUUCUAGUGUCUCUGGCUUCAGCGGACAUACUGGUGGCGACGUUGGUCAUCCCCUUCUCCUUGGCCAAUGAGGUGAUGGGCUACUGGUAUUUUGGUUCCACAUGGUGCUCCUUCUAUCUGGCUCUGGACGUUUUGUUUUGCACUUCAUCCAUCGUCCAUCUUUGCGCCAUCAGCCUCGACCGCUACUGGUCAGUCACCAAAGCCGUCAGCUACAACCGCAAACGGACACCCAAACGGAUCAAAUUAAUGAUCAGUGUGGUGUGGCUGAUAUCUAUCGUCAUCUCUUCACCGCCUCUCCUCAUGGCGCACACACAGAAGAGUUGGGACUUGGAUGAGCAGAAAGACCCCCAGAGGCAGGAGUGUUUACUCAACAACCAGACGUGGUACAUCCUUUCCUCUUGCCUUGUGUCCUUCUUUGCACCAGGAGUCAUCAUGAUACUGGUCUACUGUAAGAUAUACCGUGUGGCCAAACAGCGAGCCUCCACUGUAUUUGUGGCUAAAAAUGUGAUCGAGCGGCAACCAUCUCAAUCUGAGACGUGUUUUGGUGGUGUCCAAGGAGUUGGAGCCAAGUGCAGAGCAUCUCAGUACAAGCCAGACAACCAAGCGCCUGAGAAUAGGCACAGCUCUUCAAACAUAGAGAGUAACAGCAGCAGCCACAAGCGAGAAGAGUUGGACAUUAUUAACUUAGAGGAGAAGACCCAGGGGGACAACAUCAAAACAUCCUCCUUGUUUUCUGCUUCGCUCCACAUCUCCAGGAGAGCUGGUGGGAAGAGGAAAGCAGAGGAGGGAAAAGACACUGAGGGACCAGCAAACAGGUUGAAGCCUCCUCCUCCAUCUUGUGCUUCCAUAUCGUGGGUAUCAUCUGAUCACUGCUCCCAACACUUCCUCCUCCCUUCUCCCAUGAUGCUCCGAAGGAGGCAGAUGUCUUUGUCCAAAAACAAAGUGGCACAAAUGAGGGAGAAGCGAUUCACGUUUGUUCUGGCAGUAGUGAUGGGAGGAUUUGUCCUCUGCUGGUUCCCAUUCUUCUUUACUUACAGUCUUCAAGCUCUCUGCGGAGAGAGAUGCACGAUCCCCGAUGAACUCUUUAACCUCUUUUUCUGGAUCGGCUACUGUAACAGUUGCCUGAACCCAAUCAUUUACACUAUUUUUAACCGAGACUUUAGGAAGGCCUUCAAGAAGAUUAUUUUUCGAACUCAUAAACAAACUUAAACUGUGAAUGUAUGUGUUCAAACACAAAUGUGUGCACACUUUUAAUCUCAUUUUCAACUGUUCUGUGAUAUGAGCAUUAAAGGGCUUGUCUUUUGAGGAUUCAUUUAUUAUCUACCUACAGAAUAAUUCAUUUAAUAACCAUUUUUGUAGAAGCAACAAGCCAGGGCAAAAUGAUUGUAAGACAUUUUUUCUAAUUCAGCUCUCUUAAUACUUAACAGUUCCCAUGUAUAACUACUGUACCUGUUUAAAUAUUCAUUGGAGAAAAGGACUGGAGGGUAGUCAUCCUGGAAAUGUCUGUGCAUUGUAAUCGGAAUAUUGACAGCCAAAAGUACAUUUUAGUUCUAAAGUUUUAGACCUUGAAAAACUA